GCUAGUAGUACCAUUCUGGAGUGGAGAUGUGGAGUGUCUUUCUAUCCCUCUCGCUGUUUCUACAGACUAAUUCAGCAGAAGAAGUGAUGCUGCUGGACACCACAGAAUCCACCAGUGAGCUGGGCUGGACCACCUACCCAGACACCGGGUGGGAUGAAGUAAGCGUCCUUGACGACAAGGGCAACCUCAUGCGGGCGUUUGAAGUCUGCAACGUCAAUCAAAACCCCCGCGUCCAGGACAACUGGCUGGCGACGCCUUUCCUGUACCGGGAGUCGGCCCCGCGCGUCUUUGUGACGCUCCGGUUCUCCGUCCGCGACUGCGCCAGCCUGCGCACGCCGUCCCCGUCCUGCCGUGAGACCCUCACGCUCUACUACCGACAGGCCGACUCACAGAGAGAACUGGAGAGGACGUGGGGCGCUGAUCCAGCCAACGGCGAGACGCGAGACGGCUGGAUCAAGAUCGACACCAUCGCGGCAGACAAGAGCUUCAGCAAGGUGGAGCCCAGCCUGCCUCACCAGUACAAGCCGGACCGCACGCGCCGCAUCAACCUCAAGACCCGCAGCUUUGCACCUCUCACACGCAACGGGUUUGUCUUGGCCAUAGUGGACAGUGGGGCCUGCGUGUCGCUCAUGGGCGUGACCGUGUUCUACCGUCGCUGCCCGUCCACCAGCCGCUACCUGGCCUCUUACCCUGCCACGCCCUCGGGGGCGGAGCCCACCGCCCUGGUUCCCGUGGACGGGGUCUGCGUGGCGAACAGUCGCGCCCAGGGCGGAGCGGGUCCCAGAAUGCACUGCAACGCAGAGGGGGAGUGGAUGGUUCCGGUCGGGGGAUGCACCUGCGACGCUGGCUACGAACCCAACCAGAACAACACGGCGUGUGUGGCGUGUCCUGUGGGUUUCUUCAAGGCCACGGUGGGCCCCUCUCCCUGCACCAUGUGUCUUGCCAACAGCAGGACCAGUACGGAGGCCUCCACUAUCUGCGAGUGCCGCAGCGGCUUCUACCGGGCGCCCGCCGACAUCAACACCACCUCCUGCACAGCCCCACCUGCUGGCCCUGUGUCCCUGUCGUGGGAGUACGAGAGCUCGGAGGGCGGCGUGUCCCUCCGCUGGAAGCCGCCGCAGGACAUGGGCGGGCGCAGCGAGGUGUGGUACGGGGUGGUGUGCCGCAUCUGCCCCUCUGCCUCGCAGUCGCCCGCCUCCAUGUGCUCCUGGUGCGGGGAGACGGUCACCUACACCCCCUCGCAGAGCGGCCUGCGGCAGACCAAGGUCACCCUCAACAACCUGCUCACCAGGGUCACCUACCUCAUACAGGUGCAAGCUUUCAACGAUGUGUCGGCUCUGAGCCCUUUCCCGCCCCAGUUUGCCAGCAUCAACUUCACCACCAGCCAAUCAGUGCCCUCCACCAUUCCCAUGCUGCACCAGUUGAGCCACGCGGCCGACGCCAUCACCCUCUCCUGGCCACAGCCGGACCGGCCCAACGGAGACAUCAUCGAGUACCAGCUCCGAUACUACGACAGGAGCUCAGACGAGGAUUCUGCUGUGAGCAUAUUCAGUGAGACAAACACGGUGACGGUUGCCUCCUUGAACUCGGGCUCCAUCUACGCAUUUCAGAUCCGGGCCAGGAACGAGCGAGGCUAUGGACCGUACAGCCACACCAUCUACUUCAGCACUCUCGCUAUAGAGGAGCGCUCAAGGCAGAUCCAGAACCGCCUCCCCCUGCUGGUGGGCUCCGUCAUGGGUGGAGUGGCGUUCCUCCUCGUGGUCGCCGCAAUCAUCAUCGUGUUUGUUUUCAAGAGCAAAAGGAGAGAGAGCCCAUACAGUGACCGACUGCAGCGAUACAUGAGCAACAGGGGAGGAGUGAAGUACUAUGUCGACCCAUCAACCUACGAGGACCCUAGUGAGGCGGUUAAAGAGUUUGCCCGAGAGAUAGACCCAGCCCACCUCAAGAUCGAGGAGGUUAUUGGGGCUGCCCAGUUUGGAGAAGUGUCCCGAGGGAGGUACCGUCCGCUGGGCCGCAGGGAGGUCCUUGUGGCGGUGAAGACCCUGCGCUGGGGUGUGACGGACCGGGAGAGGGCCAUGUUCCUGAGCGAGGCCGGGGUGCUUGGCCAGUUUGACCACCCAAACGUGCUGAAGCUGGAGGGAGUGGUGACGCGCGUGCCCCCCGAGAGGAUCAUCACCGAGUUCAUGGAGAACGGCCCUUUGGACGCUUUCCUCAGGGAAAAUGAGGAUCAGUUCAGUGUGCUGCAGCUGGUUGGCAUGUUGAGAGGGAUCGGUGCGGGGAUGCGCUACCUGUCCGAGAGAAACUUUGUGCACCGGGACCUCGCGGCACGCAAUGUACUGGUCAACUCCAACCUGGUGUGCAAGGUGUCCGACUUCGGCCUGUCUCGCCUGAUGAGGGGCAUGGACCACAACAUCCCCACAUACACCGCUUCACUGGGAAGCAAGAUUCCAGUCCGCUGGACAGCACCAGAGGCUUUCCAGCACCGGAAGUUCAGCUCGGCGAGUGACGUGUGGAGCUUCGGAGUGCUGAUGUGGGAGGUCAUGUCCUACGGGGAGAGACCUUACUGGGACAUGAGCAACCAAGAGGUGAUGAAGGCGGUGGUGGACCAGUAUCGCCUCCCCGCCCCCCACAACUGCCCCCCUGCCGUCCACUCUCUCAUGCUGCAGUGCUGGCAGUCCGACAGGCAGGACCGACCCGGGUUCGACUCCCUCCUCUCCUCCCUGGACAGGCUCAUCCGACACCCGGCCUCACUCAAGGCAGAACACAGCCGCCCAACUCAGCCCCUCCUGAGUCCUACACCCACAGACCUGUCGUCAGUAGCAACGGUCGGUGACUGGUUAACAGCGCUAAGGAUGGACAGAUACAAAGAUGAGUUUGAGAGAGCACAGCUCACAAGUCUGGAUAGAGUCAGCAGACUAACGAUGGAGGAUGUCCAGGGUCUGGGUGUGAAUCUGUUGGGUCAUCAGCGAAAGAUCGUGAGGGCCGCUCAGCAGCUAAGGACUCACCUGACACAGGGCCAGGUGGAGGUGUGAGAACCUGAACCUGCUUCCUGUUGGAAGCAUUAUUGCAUUAUGGGAGAUGAAGUUCAAACCUGUCCAGAAGCAGGAAGCUGGUGCCUCAACGCUGAGGCGAGAAGGUAGUCUGAACUCUGAAGAAACAGUGCAUUGUUAGGGAUGUUUUUUAUUUUAUUUUAUUCAACAUUUCAAUUGUCUUCUCCCCUCUAAAAAUGACUAGGCGGUCUCACCUUUUGUCAAAUAACACCUUGCUACCGAUUUACACUACCUCCCCCUUUAAAUUUUUGAUAUCACACAUUCAUCUUUGAAUGGAAAAAAGAAGUGACCAUGGUGUUGAUCUAGGUGUUUUUUAAUUAGAGGGGAUGUUUUCAUCACAAAUAAUUGCAAAGACAAUCAAAGACCCUGCUACUGUUACAAAUACUGUGAAUAUUAUUUCCAACAACCUGCUUUGACAAAAAACAUAAAUUAUAUCAAUGAUAUUUAUAUAACAUCACAAUGGCAUACACAUUCACCACAUUAUUAUUAAACAAACACCCACUGAAUCACCACCAGCAUGUUUGUAAAUUAGAACAGUGAUGACCAAAACUUUGCACACAGUUACAGGUGCUUGGUGUUAAAAAAACGAAGCACAAAAAUAAAUGAGAUAUCUUUAAUUUAUUGUCCAUCGCUAUCAGCUAGACAACAUCAUACCUAUAGUGACAAGCCGAAGAAUAACACAACACAACCAUGAUGAAGGGGACACUAACAAAACACUGUGCCUUUGGAAUCCAUCGUUGGCUGUGAUUACAAUAGGUCAGCUUUUUUAACGUUCCACUUGGCCGAUUGCAGCACACUCUUCCUUGUGUCCUGAGGUUGGAGCAGGAGCUGGAACGCAUGUACAGUAUAUAAAUAUAGUCGAGAUGUCCCAGAGAAGGUCGAUUUCCAUUGUUCUCAGUUGUGCACUGUGCUGCACCCACAGGUCCCUCAGCAGCAAUGCAGGUAUGUGGAGUACAUCCUGCCUGUGUGUGUGUGUGUGUGUG